GCGGCUUUACUUACUCAAGUUAAGUCAGUUCGGUGCGAUCGAGUGUGCUGUGUAAAUCCGCGCUUUCUGUGACGCCAGCUUGCUGCGAUCCGAGUGUGAAAAUCGAAAAAUUCAACGAAGCAUAGAAAACGAAAGUGACAUCAUCGAGGACUGUUAGUCCGAAAGAAAGUGGUUGUGCAACUUGAUCAGGUCUCUUAUAUAUACAUCGCGAAUAUAACCUCAAUUUUGUGACGCGAUGAAGACGAAAAACAAGUUGAUAGAUGACGGGAAGACAACAACUCAGCAGCUGAUCAUAUCGGAACAACAAAAUAACAACAAUGGAGUGACUGGUAAACCUCCAGCUCAGUUGGAUAAGAAGAAACUGGAUAAGUUGGAGAAGGAGAAAGAGAAGGAACGCAAGAAGGCGGAGAAGAACCUCAAAAAGGGCAAGACGUUAUGCCAGGCCUGCAAGAAGAAAUGUUCAGGAGAGGUGCUCAGGGUGCAGGACAAAUACUUUCACACGCAGUGCUUCAAGUGCAAGGUCUGCGGCAAUUCUUUGGCCCAGGGAGGGUUCUUUUCCAAGGACGGUUCCUAUUAUUGCACCGCGGAUUACCAAAGGCAUUUCGGCACGAAAUGCGCUUCUUGCCAGGACUACGUCGAAGGAGAGGUAGUGACAGCCCUUGGUAAAACGUACCAUCAGAAAUGUUUCACAUGUGAUAGAUGCCGACAGCCCUUCCCGUCAGGUGACAAGGUAACCUAUACGGGGAAAGAGGUGCUUUGCCAAAAAUGUGUUCACAUACCAGUCAGAGAUGGCACCCCUAGCGUCAGUCCUACAGCAAAUAAUCCAAAUGAGCCGUCUGUCUGUAACUUGACAAAUUCUGUUAUAGAAUGUGCCGGCUGCCAGAAGGAGCUCAAAGAGGGGCAAGCUCUGGUGGCCCUAGAAAGACAGUGGCACAUCUGGUGCUUCAAGUGUGGCGUCUGCGAUGCAGUGUUGCAUGGGGAGUACAUGGGCAGGGAUGGUAUCCCUUACUGCGAACGGGACUACCAGAAACAGUAUGGUGUCAAGUGCGCCUACUGCAACAGAUACAUCAGCGGAAAAGUCCUGCAGGCGGGAGACAACCACCAUUUCCACCCGACCUGCGCACGGUGUACAAAAUGCGGGGAUCCUUUUGGAGACGGCGAAGAGAUGUACCUGCAAGGUGGGGCCAUCUGGCAUCCUAGGUGCGGUCCUGGACCUACUGAAAAUGGGCAGGUUUUGAACGGCAGCGGGCAAGAAAAUGGACAUUUGACUGAUACCGACAUAUCUGUGAGAGAUUAUGACAGUUCUGCAGUCAGUGAGAUGCAGUUUUCCAUGCAUUCUCGAACACCUAGCUUGACUGGUUCUCUUUGUAGCCCCAUUAGCAUGUCCAGAAAGCAUUUCAGCUACAGAACGUCUUCCCCUGGACUGAUCCUUAGGGAUGACAGAAGAUCAGUGAAUUAUCACGAUGCCGUUUCUAGGAUACACACCAUCAGUUAUUUGACCGAAGAACCUUCGUUGGGCUACUUGAAGAGACCCAUAGACCCCUAUGAUAAAGUGCCUACUUCACCGCAUUUCCACAGGCCAAGCUCACAAAAUUCACUAAGGAGCAGCAUCGGUGCUGGAGGCAAGAGGUCGAGUUCCCGUUCUGCCAUGAAAGCCAUGGUGGACUCCAUGAGGUCGGAGACUCCUAGACCUAAAUCGCCCCACAUGAACAACGAGGAGCCCAUAGAGCUCUCCCACUAUCCCGCAGCGCAUCCACCAAAACCAGGCGAGACUGCUAAAAUAGAAAGGGACGAUUUUCCAGCUCCUCCUUAUCCUUACACCGAUCCUGAGAGAAGGAAAAGAUGGUCAGGCUCCUACAAAGGUGUACAGGAUUCCGAUGAGGAUGAGGUAGAUGCGGUGAACACUAAAGAAGCAGUAGACCCCAAACUGAAGAAAGAAGAGGAGGAACUGAGCAAGAUAGCUAGCGGUAUGGGAAAAGUAUUUUUGAAAGACGUGCAAGAGAGAGAAAAGAUUAAGUUGUACAAAGCAGCGCAUUUAGAUCCUAGGAACGCCUCCAGAACGCCAUCUGCCAACAAGGAACCAACCUAUAGGUUAAGAUACGAGAAUCCUAUUGGUGCUAGUCCCUCUAGAAAUAUGGAUCAUCAUCACAAGAUGUACGAUGAUGAUGACUUCGACAGAUCUUACAGUGGCCGAUCAUCGACCGGUGGAAGAUCUUCAACCAAUUACAAUGUUGUCAGCGCCCUACGUCACGUGCCCAAGCCAGGUUACGGUCUAGCCCCAAGAUCACACACUUUCAGCUCUUCUGCGGGUAGUUACCCCCAAAUUCCUGGUGAUUACUCAUUUAGUGGAAUGGGCUUGAAAACACACAGUACAGACAGUUGUGGAAAAUCAGAUAUUUCCACUGGAUCCAUCACUGAUGUCGAAAGACGUGUUAUGAGUACCGAAUCUCCCGCGUACGGACGCUACCCGGGAAGGUGCGGAUAUCAAGUGCGCAGGUCGCUACCCAACAUGGCCCACUCGAUGCUGAUAAACGAACCGGCCAAAAUAUAUCCGUACCACCUGCUUGUGAUCACUAACUACAGACUGCCAUCUGACGUUGACAGGUGUAAUUUGGAGAGACAUCUGUCGGACGCAGAGUUUGAGACACUAUUCCAACUGUCGAGGACCGACUUCUACAGGUUGCCCCAGUGGCGGCGGAACGAACUGAAAAGGAGGGCUAGAUUAUUUUAAGAUAAAUACCAUCACGCUUCUUCUAGAUUCAUAGGGCUCUACUAUAGUCGACAGCUUUCAAGGCUACUGUUCACGCUGAAAAAAGAAAAUCAUUAAAAAAAAAAGAAUCAUCAUCCACGCUGGUCAGGUGCAGCUAUUAAAAUUUGACUCGUUGGUUUCAAGGAUGAGUUUCGUCACUUGAUCUGAAAUGUAGAAGAAAUAGAGAGUGUGCUAGUUAUUCAAUUAGGUUUGUAAAGGAGGUUAUGUGGAAUUCAGAUCAGGGGACGAAACGUUAAUAAAAAGAUAAGCUAUAAAUGAUAUCCGAAUGGUACAUAGAGUAUAUUUUAGAUAUAUAAAUGUUGAGGAAGCAUUAUUUGGUAAUUUUUCUUAAUCUUGUUUUUCGUCUGGUACUAUUUUAUUACCAUGUGAGUAAUAUUACUGAUUGGAGAUAUUUUUAUACUUAUUUUUUUGCAGUGUACACUUAUUUAUAUUUAAGCGAAAGAUAUACUCUAUCCAAAUUUACAUUUCCAGAUAUACUUUGAUAUUUUUGAAAAUUGAUAUUUUCAUCUAGUGAAACUUGUGAAGCCCAGAGGUCUAUACAUUUUCUUCUCCUUUAUUAUUUCAAGAUUUAGAGCUUGACUAUGUUUUACAUUUUGCUACCAAAAAUUACUCUUUCAUUGUGCAAUAUUGACCAAACAUAAGUGGAAGUUUCUAAGAUAUUUCAUGUUCAUAUUGACGCAUUCUUAUCUGAAAUGGUACCGAUUUUUUUUAUUGAUUGGACCAAGAAAUUUUUCGAGGUAUAUUGUAAUAUCCGAUUCAUAUCUUUAGGAAAUUGAUCAGAAUUUUUUUUUCACCUACGUUUGUACGAAAUAUUUUAUUAUUUUCCUAGAAUAAGUACCACUUGUAUCUAGCAAUAAGAUAAGUGUAAAUUUCAAUUUUGAAGUUUUACAUCAAGAUUGCUUUUAUUGUACUUUUCGCUUCUGGGCUAGUCGAAAAAACUGUAAAACAUAACUGAUUUAGUAUUAUGGUGUAUAUUUAUGUUUAUAAAGAUAUAUUAUCUAAUAUAUUUAAAAAUUUUGUUUCUUGAUGCUCAAUGAUUUUUUCCUUCAGAUUUCUCCACCAAAAAAUCUUUCAAAUAUCGAAAGAAACAAUUCGAUCAUCUUGUUUGGAGACGAUGGAAUUCAAGGAAUAAAAUUCAUUGGCCUUUUUGUUUUUUUAUGUUUUGUUUUGUGUCUGUGAGUUUUCUCAGAAUUAUUUUCUGACCAAGUUUUUUGUAAGCGAUAUUAAAUCUGUUCUAGACAUAUAUCAAACUGAAUGCUACCUAAGGUACUACAAAUUUGUUAAGCACAUCUUCAAUAAACAAAUAUUAAUUUA